UUAAGCUCUAAAAAUGAAUUUGCAGAAUGUUUUAUUGGUUUAAAAUGAAUAGUUGUGAACGAGCCUGCCGCUUAGAAACCAUCGACGCUACACUACAGAAAAACGACGUAGAUUUCAUUGUAUGUUUUAAAUCAUAGAUAAAAUCAGGAGAACUUUCUGAAAUAAUCGUCAAAAUGACGGUCGACGGAGAAAGAGCAGAAUCAGUUGCAUCUAACCAAAGCGGAAAACGAUCAGGGAAGAAACGACUAAAUAUCGUCAUCCAAUGUGCUGCAAGCGGUGAUACAAGUCGGCUGCUUGAGUGCUUUGCUAAUGAAGAGGACCCCUACCACGACCGGGUAGAGAGCCAGCUGAACUCCGCUGACGAGGAGGGGCGAUCGCCUGUUGAGAUCGCGGUCACGGAAAACCAAAUAGAAAUGCUGAAAUUGUUGCAAGAAAAGGGAUCUGGUUUGGACACGAGAAACUCAAUGUCGGCCAGGACCCCACUAGAUAUGGCAUGUAUUUUGGGAAGGAAUGAAGCAUUAAAAGCAUUGCUAGCAGGAGGAGCAGAUGCCAACAAUUCAACGAAAAGAGGUUACACUGCUAUCCACCAUGCAGCAGCUUGGGGGAGGAUGGACUGCCUGAAGACUCUGGUCAAAUAUGGAGCCAGUCUAACUAUCAAGACCAAGCAUGGGGAGAGGGCAAGGGAUACCGCCCUCAGAUACAAACAUGAAGAUUGUUCCUUUUUCUUGGACUGGUCAGAAGCAAGACGAGGUCUGGUCUCAAUUCUUCAAGAAACCAAGGAGACCAUUGAAGACCCCCAGAAACUCCAGGGCAGAUUAGCCAAAGAUGAGAAAAUGACUGGACUGAAUGUAUGUGGAGAGAAGCAAGAAUGGUUGGAUUCUAACCCGAAUGCUUCCAUUGAAGACUUUCAUAAACAAGAAGAAGACCUGAGGACAUCUCUGGAAGCCAUCCUCGUCAAGUUAUCAGAACCUCCACCCGAGAAACCUCAUAGACGGUGAGAAGGCAGGAAAGAUGGUAAACCAACAUGGAUUUCAACAUGUGGGGAAUCAAGAGUGUAUUCAUAUACAGCAUGUAUUUCACCAUUCUGAAAGAUUUUGUGUUAAUUUGCCAUGAGAGGAAGAAAAGGGGAAAUUGAAAUCUGGAUAAAUAAAUCCCCCCUCCCCCUCCCCCCCCCCCCCCC